AAUAACCCUGCUGGCAGAGCAAGAUUACUUUUGACAGAUAUAGAAUCAUUUUGCAUCGAUGUCUUAUUGGAAUUGCUGGGUAGCACCAGCCAUUCUUAUAACCGGGUUAUUUGCUAAUUUUCGAACUGUCACUUUUAAGUUUAAUUCUCCAAAUGAGACAGACCCUUAAGGACGUUUUCACCGCUGGUCUAUUUUUUUGGUCCAAUUUUAUAACAGUUUCAAAAAUAUAGACCGCCAAAAAUAGACCAAAUAUUUGGCGUUUUCACCGGUAAAGUUUUAUAUCGAAUGUUUUUGUUUUGAUGCCGGAAAAAAUGGUAGAAAAAAUCUCAGCGGAGAUGGUAGGUACGGUUUGGGGUAUAAACAAAAAUCAUUACAUUGAUUCCGAAUUUGUUUGAUCCGAUUGCAGAAUCUGGACGAAGUUAAUUGCCGACCGAACUUACUAAGGUAACGAGUGGUACCGAAUCUCAGGUACCGUAAUCAGGUCAAAAUGAGCGAUUGGUUUGAUGAAAUUUUGAACUCCGCCACUGUUGCUCAACAUUUCAUUGCGGAUGACGCCGAAGAUGCACUUUUCGCAGAAACUUCUCAAGAUGGAAAUGAACAGGGUCGGCGGGGAUCUCGACCUGGGCGGAGCCCGAAUGUAGAUCGAAUGUUUAGCUUUGGACAUGAUAAAAUUUACAAUGAUUACUUUCGUGAGAAUUGUGUUUACAAUGAGGAGACAUUUGAACUACGUUUUCGCAUUCCAAAAAACCUUUUUUUGGAGAUUAUGCAAAGACUACAGGAUCGUUAUGAAUAUUUCCGUCUCCGACACGAUGCGACUGGUAAACCAGGCCUGAGUACACUGCAAAAAUGUACAGCUGCAAUUCGGCUGCUGGCAUAUGGCUCGUCGGCAGAUUCCAUAGAUGAAAACGUUCGAAUCGCUACUUCUACCGCUCUAGAGACGUUGAGGCACUUUUGCACUGGUAUUAUUGAAAUCUACGGUAGUGAAUACUUAAGACCUCCUAAUGCAGAAGAAUGCCGAAUGCUGAUGGCAGAGAACGCAAUCAGAGGAUUCCCGGGUAUGAUAGCAUCUAUUGACUGCAUGCAUUGGAUAUGGAAAGCAUGUCCAGUUGCGUGGAAAGGACAAUAUCAAGGAAAGGAAGGGAAGGCAACCAUAGUUCUUGAAGCAUGUGCCUCAUAUAAUACUUAUGUAUGGCAUUGUUUUUUCGGCUCUCCAGGCACGUUGAACGAUGUGAACGUGCUAGAUCGAUCUCAUCUCGUUCAUGACAUCGUCGAACGUCGCAGUUUGGGCGGAUCCUGGGAAAUCGGAAAUCACGAGUAUGAGCGUGGUUAUCUGUUGGCGGAUGGCAUAUAUCCCGAUUGGAGCGUGUUCCUGAAAACUAUAUCUAUGCCUCAAACUGCCAAGGAGAAGCUUUUCGCCAACUCACAGGAAGCAGCCCGGAAAGACGUAGAACGCUGCUUUUCCAAUAUUCAGGGUACAUGGCAAAUAAUCGGUAAUCCUUGUCGCCUCUUUGACGUCAAGUCAAUGCAGGACGUAAUAACAACGUGCAUCAUCUUGCACAAUAUGCGAAUUAAAUUCAGAAGUACUGUGAACGAAUGUUUUGAACAAAAUCCAAACAGAAUGGCGGGUUUCGUCGCUGGAUCAGCUCCUACGCUGAAUAUUGGAUUCCUUGACUUUUUGGACCAGCGUCAAACAAUUAAGGAUUCGAGACUUCACUUCCAACUUCGUCAAGAUAUUAUCGAGCAUCUUUGGGCAGUCAAAGGCAACAGCGUCGACAGUUAAAGGGAACUGUGAAAGGAAACAAAUGUAUUCCAAUAAAUAAAAUUAGAAAAUUAUUAGGGCUCUUUUAGUGGAAUAUCUUCACCUGUCUUAAGACGAGUUUAGUCAAGAGUUUAGUACUUUCCAUUUAACUCGUUAUAUGACCUCACAGUUGAGGUUGGAAUACGUAUCUGCAAAGAUUUCAAAAUGUGGUAGAAUCAAGUGGAAAAUACUUGGGCUUAUUCUAUGAGUAGAAUGACGUGAGAUUCCUCGAAUGACGUGAGAAGAGUCGUAUAGCUCCAUUUGAAUAACAUGGUCACCUCACGUGAGAAUUGCUAAAAUCGACUCACCUCACGUCACUCGACUCGUAGAAUAAGCCCAACUAAACUCGUCUUAUGACAGGUAAAAUAAAACUAGUUUAUACAAUUCUUUGGUUACGAAAUCAGUGUUGUGCUGAAUCAUUAUCAUACGAUAAUGAUUGCAAUUUUUGAAAACUUUGAAAACUGACGUGAAGACAGUAGGCGAGUUGUCGUCGGCGACAACUUCUCAAAUUUUGUACUCAAACGAUAAUA